GAUUCUCUGCAGCAGGCCGUGGGCUUCCCACAAGCCCUGCGUGUUUGUCAGAUGUUUAUAGAGCCUUCAUUAACGGAGAGCUCGCUUAGAUAAGAGGUGGGAGCGCAGCAUCGAGGGCCAGAUAAGAGCGCGCGGAGGCCACUCCGGGGACUGCGGCUGAGAGCCUGUGAGCCGGCCCCGGGGUUCCGUGCAGAGGCAAGAAAAUGCGGGCGCGCUCCUUUUGGGCUCCUCCCCGCGCCCGCUAACACCCCCGGCGGCCGCCCGCAGUCUCCUGUCCAGGGCGACAGCGCCGUCCCAAGAUGUGCUGCGGGGCGCUAUGGGUGGCCCUGCCCGUGCUCUCCCUGCUGGCCUGCUCCGUGCAGGGGAAGCCGCUGGAGAGCCGCGGGCGCGCGCCCGCGGGGGGAGACGCCCACCGCUUGCUAGGGGGGCCCGGAGGCGAGCGGGAGGGAGGCACCUUCGACCUGAGGAUGUUUCUGGAGAACAUGAAGGUGGAUUUCCUGCGCAGCCUCAACCUGAGCGGGGUCCCUUCCCAGGACAAAACCCGAGCGGAGCCACCGCAGUACAUGAUCGACCUGUACAACAGAUACACCACCGACAAGUCGACCACCCCCGCAUCCAACAUCGUGCGCAGCUUCAGCGUGGAAGAUGCUGUCUCUCUUGCGGCCACGGAAGACUUUCCCUUCCAGAAGCACAUCUUGCUCUUCAACAUCUCCAUUCCCAGGCAUGAGCAGAUCACCAGGGCCGAGCUCCGACUCUAUGCCUCCUGUCAAAACCACGGAGAUUCUUCACGUGAGUUGAAAGGCAACAUGGCCAUUUAUGAUGUUCUGGAUGGAGCAGAUGCCUGGGAUGCUUCUACAGGAACCAAGACAUUCCUGGUGUCCCAGGACAUUCGGGAUGAGGGCUGGGAGACCUUUGAGGUCUCCAGUGCUGUGAAGCGGUGGGUCAGAGCAGACUCCACCAAGAGCAAAAAUAAACUGGAAGUGACUGUGGAGAGUCACAGGAAGGGCUGUGACAAGCUGGAUAUCAGUGUCCCCCCAGGCCCCAAAAACCUGCCCUUCUUCGUCGUCUUCUCCAAUGACCGCAGCAAUGGGACCAAAGAGACCAGGCUGGAGCUCAGGGAGAUGAUUGGCCAUGAACAGGAGAGUGUGCUCAAGAAGUUGUCCAAGAAUGGUCCGGCAGAAGCAGGGGACACCAAGGAUGAGGAUGGGGAAGGUCACAAGGCCACAGGGUCAUCUUUAGCCAGACGGAAGAGAAGUGCCGGGGCCAACAACCACUGUCAGAAGACCUCCCUGAGGGUGAACUUCGAGGACAUCGGCUGGGACAGCUGGAUCAUUGCACCCAAGGAGUAUGAUGCGUACGAAUGUAAAGGGGGCUGCUUCUUCCCCCUGGCUGAUGACGUGACCCCCACGAAGCACGCCAUUGUGCAGACCCUGGUGCAUCUCAAGUUCCCCAUGAAAGUGGGCAAGGCCUGCUGCGUGCCCACCAAACUGAGCCCCAUCUCCAUCCUCUACAAGGAUGACAUGGGGGUCCCCACCCUCAAGUACCACUACGAAGGGAUGAGCGUGGCAGAGUGUGGGUGCAGGUAGUGCCGGCCUGCGGGCAGGGGGAGACAGGGUGGAGGGGUCCUGCUGAGAGGUCCUGUGUCCCUCUGGGCAUGACAGGGACUAAGUCUGUCUGCAUGCCAGCCUGAAGAAGGAAAGGAAGCUGCCACAUCCUAGAGGUAAAAGCCUGCCCAUGCAUACACCACUGGGUCCAGCUUCAGGGGAAGACAAUAGCAAGGGGCUGGGGGUGAGAGCUUAGGAGAAGAGGAAAGCCUAGAAGGAUUGUUGGGGUGCUAGGGGAGACAACCAAAAGGGGCCAGUAGAAAAAUAAUCCAGAGCCAGUAGAAAAGAACAAAAGGGAGGCAGAGGAGUACAGACAGAUGGGGCAGAGAUUUAUGGAGACAAGCAGGACGGGGUGCAUUCCAGUAACUUCAGGGAGUGAAGGGGACAGGGACAGCUAUGUGCUCUACACCCAUCACUUCACAGAUUCCCACAACCCAGUGAGAUGGGUGUGACGAGUCCCAGCUUACACACGCAGAAACCAAAAUGCAGUUCAAGUAACACCGGUCAAAGGCAUGAAUGAUUCCAACCCAUUGGUCUCCAUCGGUCUGUCGGCCACCAAAGCCCAGGAGCUUCUCAAAUAUCCCAUCAAAGUUUGUCAGGUCACCUUUCAGCUGAAGAACAAUUAGAUGCCGGGAGGCAGGCAUUGAGGGGCAAGCUGGGCUCAGCCCUGGCCAGUACCCACCCGGAUGACUGGGUUGUUUGGAGCAUCCGGAGCACAUUCUGACUGCUGGUGCCUGUGUUGCAUCAGUGGCCCAGUGCUUUUUAAGAUGACCCUUGAGCCACUAAACACUACCCCCAAAACCAUCUGCAGGAUGGAAAGAGGGCAUGACAGAAGCCCUCAGGUAGUAGCUUGUACCACGGCUGCAGGUGCUUGGACCCAGUGGCAUGAUGCUUGCACAGCCAGCGGUUCACACGGGGCCACCGGCUGCCCGUAAACUCAGACUCUGAGAUGGUUUGGGAGGAGCAGGCACAAUUUACCCCCAGGGGUGGGGCAGCCUACGGCCCGCAUCUCUGCAGUUAAUUUACUCAGCAUAACCAGCUCACCAGCAGAACACAUCUGUGGGCUGCCCUCCCACAAGGACUCCGUGGGAGACAGGACCUGGAUUUGCAUUGGUUGGAAUAAAUGCGCUCUUGCUUUGGUA